GUGUAUAUCUAUUGCAGUUAUUGCACAACGAGGCGAAACAAAUCGCGAAAUAUGGAAAAUUUAUAUUUUUUUACGUACACGCCAUACCCGCACACAGGUAUAAUAGCGAGAGAAGCUGACGUUUUUAUUUUGACAACAGAUUCGUCUGGUGCCUCGACGUUUCAAAUGGGAAAAGAUUAGGACACGGCUAAAAAUGAGGCGCUCCGUCGACAUGUUGCUGGUUGCAUAAAAAUACUCAAUUGAAACGAAGGUGAUAACUGGUAACCAUAGAAGUAUACCUAUUGUUGGAUCGUUAGACGUAUCCGGAUAAUUAUGCGAGUAAAGAGAUCGUGAGAAGAUCAUCUAAGAAGCCUCAGGGAGAAGUGAUAUCAAUCAUGAGCGAGCGAGAAGACAUCGCGAUUUCGAUAAUUCGAAUGGAGAAGCUUUUGUCGGACGUCACAAACAAGAUAGAGAAAUCGAUUGAAAAACUUGGCGCCCACGAUUCGCAGUUGCUUCGAGAGAUCAUUGAUCUCAUUGGACUUCUCAAACAAUUCGUGAUAUCCCGCAUGAAGAGAACUCCUGAAGUAGAAUGCACGCACGCUAUCAAUUUGCACGAUUGCCGGACGAAAGUAGCGGAAACUUUGGCGGAACUUGAAGCUUUGCGGGAGAUGUCUGGAGAACAAGACUUGAGCUCCGAGAUCCUUCUGAGGGAUAUCGUUACCUGCGUAAACGAUGAGGAGGAAAUAAUGCGAAGCAUCAGAGAGACGUCAGAAAUAGAGAUACCAAGAGAAAGGGAAGAAUCAAUGCGGGAGAUGCUGAUUGUAAGAGAACGAGAGGAAGCGCGAAAGGAACUGCUACGAUCUGAAAUAGAUUCGGCAGAGCGCAGAUUGCACGACGUUACAGAAUCCAAUGCGACAUCCGAGAAGAAGCUUUUUGAUAUAUGCGCAAAAGUCGAACAAGAAUAUAUCACUUUCCUUGCUAAAUAUGAUUGCGACAUCGGCGCGUCUCAUACGUUGACAGAGGAACUAUCGAGAGAUAAUGAAGCUGUUAAAGCAGAAAUUAAAGAAAUGGAGGAUCAGCUGACCGUGCAACGGGAGCUGUACGUUCGAUUUAAGAAGGAGCGAGAAAUCGCGCUGAUGAUAGCUUUCACCGAAAAAUUGCAGCUCUUUAGGCGCAAUCAAGCUGCUAAGAUCAUUCAAAGAGCAUGGAGGGCGUACUUCGAGCGUAUUUCCUUAAAGAAACGACGAAAAAUGAAAAGAAAAUAACCGCUUUGUCAGA